AUGGCUCCGCAACCAGAGAAGAGCCAAUUGAAGCGUCAGCGCGGCUCGCUACCAGAUGAUGAGACAGAGACCAAGAAGCCUCGUAGAACCGAGCGCCCCGAGGCCGACCCAGACAAGACCCCUGUUGUUAACAAACAACACCUCCCGUCUCCUCUCACACAUCUCACGGAUGACUCUAGCGAGCUCAACAAGGAGCCCACUGCGACUCCCCCAGAAAAGAAACAGGACGAGAAUACCCCCAAGAAAUCUGAAGAUAACUCCCAGAGCCAAGCGCUAUCCUCUCCACCUCAGGAUACACAGCCUUUGAGCCAGUUCGUCGAUCGCCACGCUGCUAUUUCUGACGACAUCGAAGAUGAGAUUCGCGAAGGCGUUUGGGGAUACCUUGUUCCAUUGGACCCGAAGUACGGCGAUAAGCCCAUCGUUCUGAAGAAGCGGACCGCAUGUCCCCUGCCGGACACAGUUGCCGAUGCAGCGAAGAAUGAGAACAAGAACCACACAAAUGAUAAGAAUGGCAAAUCGGCGGCCAUGAAAGAUGAAGAAACCUUCGAGAAAAAGAAGGAGAAAGGAGCCCCUUCUGGCGGCUAUUUGAUCGGACGCCAUCCCGAAUGUGACAUUGUUGUUAGCGAAGGCGUCGUUUCGAACAGGCACUGCCUUCUUUUUACCGAAAACAAGGGCAAUGAUACCGUGGCGAUUGUCGAAGACUUGUCAAGCAAUGGCACAUACGUCAACGAGGCUAUUGUAGGAAGGAACCAACGUCGUGAGCUGGCGGAACAGGACGAGAUCGCAGUUCACGGUAAGGCGCGCUUUGUCUUCCGCUACCCCCAGUCUCGCCAAACCAGUGCAUUCCUACAGCAGUACACUCUACUUGAAAAACUUGGCAAAGGUCAUUUUGCAGAAGUCUAUCUUUGCGUUGAGAAGACUUCUGGGCAGCGUUUCGCAGUCAAAAUCUUCACAAAACAACCCGGGGUGGAAGACCGCUCCAAGACAGAAGGCUUGCAGCAAGAAAUCGGCGUUCUGAUGGGCGUUAGCCAUCCUAAUGUCCUCUGCCUGAAGGAUACCUUCAACGAGCGAGACCGUGUGUAUCUGGUCCUCGAGUUGGCGCCAGAGGGAGAGCUUUUCAAUUACAUCGUGAUGAAGCAAAAGCUCAGUGAAGACGAGUCCAGGAAGUUGUUCGUGCAGCUUUUCCAGGGCAUAAAGUAUUUGCAUGAGCGCAACAUUGUGCACCGUGAUAUCAAGCCUGAGAACAUCUUGUUGGUUGACAAGAAUCUCCAUGUCAAACUUGCGGAUUUCGGUUUGGCCAAGAUCAUUGGAGAGGAAUCAUUCACAACCACAUUAUGCGGAACUCCCAGCUAUGUCGCUCCGGAAAUUCUUGCAGACUCUAAGCAACGCAAGUACACGAAGGCCGUAGACGUUUGGUCACUGGGAGUCGUUCUUUACAUCUGCUUGUGUGGCUUCCCACCAUUUUCUGACGAGCUUUAUUCGCGCGACUUCCCUUUCACACUUUCUCAGCAGAUCAAGAGUGGUCGUUUCGAUUAUCCCUCGCCAUACUGGGAUUCCGUUGGAGAUCCAGCUCUUGACCUGAUUGACUCAAUGUUGAUUGUCGACCCUGAGAAGCGAUUCACAAUUGAUCAGUGCUUGCAACACCCAUGGCUUACACAGAGCUCUCCUGCGGUUAAUGAUAGUACUGGCGGUUUGGUGGGCGGCAUAGCAGGCCUCGAAGUCAACAGAAGAGCUCCUGCUCGCGAAAGAACACUGUUGUCAUCACUCAACACUGUUCAGGUUACUGCUCAUCUCGAUGUUGGCAAGAACAAGAACCCUGUCAAGGUCUUUUCCAAGAACAAAGGCCGUGUCACAAACAUUUCAAAAGAGUCUGAUCCUGCCUCUCAAAGAGCGCCAGACGAAUUCAUUGAGAUGGGAGGUAAGGGCGACCAAGAACUAUUCCCGGACGAUGAUUCGAGCAUUUACCCCAUAGGUGACAAUGGCGAAAAGAUCAAGGCAAACAAGGCCAAGCGAUAA